CACACACAGCUCUCUGUAUGAAUGAAGUGAUGACCAGCCUCCAGUGUGAAGGUCUGUGUGCAGGAUUUGACUGGCAGUGAAAGGCGCGCGAUGUGACCGGAUUCAGGAGUGAGGGGGGCUGCGUUUCUCCGUGCGUUUUUACGCACAGAAAUCUGAGGAAACUCUUCUGCUUUUUUUAAAAUAUCUGAUUAGAAGAUGUGAAAGGACCCGAGCGGCGGAUCGUCCUCGCUGAAGAAGCUCCGUCACCAUGAGCAACGGGACGAACGCGUCCGCGUGCCAGCUGUUCGGCUCGUGCGUGGCGGACGAGUACCCGGACUACCCCGUGCACCUGUUCCCCGUGCCCGUGCUCACGGGCAUCACGGCCACGUGCUCCCUCCUGUUCCUGGUGGGCAUUGCGGGCAACCUGCUGACCAUCCUGGUGGUGACCAAGUACAAGGACAUGCGCACCACCACCAACCUGUACCUGUGCAGCAUGGCUCUGUCCGACCUGCUGAUCUUCCUGUGCAUGCCGCUGGACCUGUACCGCGUGUGGCGCUACCGGCCCUGGAACCUGGGCGACGAGCUCUGCAAGCUGUUCCAGUUCGUCAGCGAGUGCUGCACCUACUCCGCCAUCCUCAGCAUCACGGCGCUCAGCGUGGAGCGCUACUUCGCCAUCUGCUUCCCGCUGCGCGCCAAGGUGCUGGUGACCCGCGGGCGCGUGAAGGGCGUGAUCGCGCUGCUGUGGACCGUGGCGCUCUGCAGCGCCGGGCCCAUCUUCGUGCUGGUGGGCGUCGAGCACGAGAACGGCACCGAGCCCUGGGAGACCAACGAGUGCAAAGCCACCGAGCGCGCCAUCCAGUCCGGCCUGCUGACUCUGAUGGUGUGGGUCUCCAGCGUCUUCUUCUUCCUUCCCGUGCUCUGCCUCACCGUGCUCUACAGCCUGAUCGGCAGAACCCUCUGGAAGAGGAAGGAGAACCCGGUGGGACCCGUGUCCAGCCGAGACAAGAGCAACAAGCAGACCGUCAAGAUGCUCGCUGUGGUGGUGCUUGCGUUUGUGCUCUGCUGGCUGCCGUUCCACGUGGGCCGUUACCUGUUUUCAAAGUCAUCUGAACUAAAUUCCCCUCUCAUCACCCAGAUCAGCGAAUACUGCAACCUGAUCUCCUUCGUUCUCUUUUAUUUCAGCGCUGCAAUAAACCCAAUCCUCUACAACAUAAUGUCAAAGAAGUACAGGGUGGCAGCCUGCAGACUGUUCGGAGUGAGGCGAGCUACCGAGCGCUCGGCCUCGUCCGUCGUUACUGCUGAAAGCUUCGCCGUGUGGUACGACUCCAGCGGAAGCACAUGACAGAGGAGGGAGAGGAGGAUGCGGAAAGAAUAGCAGCAGAUGUCCUUACCUGACCCACUCACUAGCCACUGUUACAAUUCCCAUUGAGCGAAAAUCGUAAACAACAUUAUGGAGUGGGAGACUGGUUUGGACCAAUUUGGACUAAAGUGACCUAAUUUCAACACUGGUUAUCAUAGUAAAUGACUCCCAGCAGUUUUGAUUGGUUGUGAUUGGAGGAUCAUAGAUCAUAUAUGAUAUAGAGAUUAAUGCCCCAAUAAUAAGCAUUAUCGAAGGUUGCAAAACCACCUUUUACACAAACUUAUAAGCUGAAGGACUCUUUGUGGUUUUGUAUUGGCAGUUGUUUAUGAGUGUUCCAAAACUGCAGGUGGCGCUGCAACAUUUUAAGGUCUUUUCCAUCAAUUUAAGGAACAAAAACUACAACACAGUGCAACAGUGAUUAAAAAGCCUACGCUGCAGUCAAGGUAGGGCGAGUCCUCAUCAGAGCUGUUCUAUGAAGACUCCUGUUGGUUGGACAUAUAAAAACCGUUUAAUGAAGCUGUGUGAUGACAUCACAAACAAAACCUGUGUAAAAAAAUGAAUCCUGUUGCAUUGUGUCUCUUGUUAUUUAUGUAUUUAUUAAUUUGUGUAAAAAAACAUACAUUUAAUACAGACUCUGCUCUGAAAGCUUCGUUUUCAUCACUUUUCAUGGUGCUGUGUUUUUAUUUGUGUUGUACAGAUAAUGCAGAGAAUUCUGGAAACUAUGCUGUUGUUUUUUUUUUCUCGCAGUUACAUCAUGUGGUUCUCUGAAGCAGGGUGAACAUCAUCCAUGCACAAAGUAUACUGAGGCCUUAAGUCAUCUCACACUUGAAAAACAGUGAUUUCUUACUGGACAAAAGCAGUUUUUAAGUCCAACCCAGUUCCGAUUUUUCGUUUUUACCAUUGCAUCCUUUAGACACAAGUAAUGGACAGAAUUAGAGCUGGACAAUAUAUCGAUAUUUUAUCGCAUUGUGAUAAAUUUUCUUAUCGUGUCAACAGUAAGCAUAUUGAGGAUAUCAUCAGUUCUUAAAAAACACAGACCCAACUGUACAUUUUAUUAAUAAGAGUGUAAAAAUGUAUGUUUAAUUGGAUCAGGUGCAGCAUAAAUGAAAUAAGAAUCACUGUACUAUUCAUGAAAGAACUUUUGAAUAGCAGAAUUGUGUUGCCCUAAUUGAAUAUAUAACAGAUUUCAAUACCACAUAUUACCAAUUGGACUUGAUAGAGUGGAAAUGUCAUGUUCAAUGUG